GAGCUCCGCCGUUCUGCCAGGCCCUCGGCGUCAGAGGACACUGCCUCGGCUCGCCAUGCCGGGUUCAGGAUGUUGUGAGUUGCCUGGAUCGCUAUGCAAGGUAUGAGCCACUAGACUUGCCGGGAGAAGGACGAACGCAGGAGGCCAAUGUACGUGCUUGCCAGCAGCGCUGUGCUAGUGUGGCCGCCUGCUCACACUUCUCUUUCUUUCGGGAUGGAGGUUGCCACCUCCAGGACUCGUCCGCAGGCCUUGUCCCAGACGAAGAUGCUUUCUGCGGCCCCUCAAGAUGCGCUUCAAGCAGUGCUUCAGAACCCGUGCCAGAGGUCUCGUCGUGGCUGAUCGACAGGAGCUCCCUGCCGUUGCAGGUUCGUGGCUCCCACGUGCUUUCGGUCGAUGGACGGCGCCAAGUCCUCGCGUGUGUAAAUUGGUACGGAGCCCACAUGGAGAUGCUGGUGAACAAUGGGCUCAAUGUGAGAUCGCUCGCAGAGGUUGCCCAUCAUAUCGUGGAGUUGAAGUUCAACUGCGUUCGCUUGCCGUAUAGCCUGGACUCGCUGAAUCUCAGUGCCGCCUCAAUUCCACAUCCUGCAUCCCAGCUGUGCCACAAUCCAGAGCUCCAGGCGUCGACGCCGCUGGAAAUUUUCGACUCAACGGUGCAAGCACUGACAGAUGCGGGCUUGCUGGUCGUGCUGAACAAUCACGUGUCCAAGCGUGGUUGGUGCUGCGACGCGUCUGAUGGCGAGGGACUUUGGUACACCGAGGAUUUUCCAGAAUCCGUUUGGUUAGACCACCUGAGCUUCCUGGCAGCUCGUUACCGCGACAAUGCCGGAGUCGUUGGUUUCGAUAUUCGGAACGAGAUACGAUCUACGGAGUUUGAAACUCCAACUUGGGGUGGUGGCAGCACAGAUUGGGCGGAGGCAGCUUCCAAAGGGAGCAGGCGAGUCCUGGACGCGAAUCCAGACAUGCUACUUUUCAUUUCGGGCUUGGAGCAACUUGUCUCCCGUGAAAUAUGCAGACAUGGAAAUCUCACUUGCAUGGGCCAGUUGUGUCGCUAA